AAAUACAAUACAUUUGAGUGUCAUUAUCAGAUAUUAAGUGGUUGUCAAGAAAAUGUGUCGUUUCGUUGUGACCCUUUUAUUUUUGUUGUUUGCGGAAAAUGGAUUUUGUUACGUUAAUCUUGCUGACAUAGAAUGUGGAGUCCAAAGUGCCCGUCGGGGCCGCAUCGUGGGUGGCACGGAGAGCCUGCCAGGGGAGAUACCCUGGGCGGCUAGUGUGUGGCGGCAGGGCACGCACCAGUGCGGGGCGACGGUUAUCAACGAUAGGUGGUUGUUGACCGCCGGUCACUGUAUUUGCAGUGUAUUCGAUGAGUUCUACAAGUCAAAACAGCUGACAGUCGUCGCUGGAUACAAUGAUAUCUCCUACGAGGAUGUUAACCAACCGCUGUCAAGAAUUAUACCUCACCCCGAAUACAGAUGUAAUCGAAAAUCCAACGAUGUAGCACUUCUAAAGACGCUCAGACAAUUGAUUUGGAACAGCGAUCUCAGACCUGCGUGCUUGCCACAAGCCACUUCAUCCGACUUCAGUGGAACAUCAGCGGUGGUAGCAGGAUGGGGCUUUACUAAUGAAGAUAGGGGUAUAGGAUCAAGACCUAAUGUUCUACAGAAGACUGAUGUGUUUGUUGUUACCAACGAUGAAUGUAACAAUUGGUAUGAGUCACAAGGCAGCAAGAUCAAGAUCAUAUCGACUCAGAUGUGUGCAGGACACGAACAAGGAGGCAGGGACUCCUGCUGGGCUGACAGUGGUGGCCCGCUAAUGGUGCGUGGCAACAAAGGUCAUUCUAUGGUGGUCGGUGUUGUUUCCACUGGCAGUGGCUGUGCUCGAGCUAGGAUGCCUGGCAUUUACACAAGAGUGUCCAGAUAUACAGAUUGGAUUGUAGAAAAUGUCAACAAUGAUAAUUCAAGAUCUAUCUUCAGUUUAUUCUCAAGAAGGGGAUGA